ACGCUGAGAAGUUGGAGGAGAGAGUGAGAGACAGAAACGGAGAGACGGGGAGCUGGGGAUUGAGUGUCAUAAUCGCGGUUGUCACAUAUUUAAUCACUGACUUUACUGCUCAUCUUUGGAUUGUUAAAUCACACCCAGGCGACUUUCCUCCAUCGCUUUCUCUCCUUUUAUUUUGCGCAUUUUGUUGACGCGCAGCCACAGGUUGGCAUAUUUUAAUCCAGUGGAUUAUUCCUCCUCAUCAUCUUCUCCCAGAGCCUGGAUGGAAAUGGGAACCGUCGAUACAUCUGCGAUGAACGGUUUGGGGGGAACAAAGUGAACAUUCAAAGUAAGAAGGAGGAGAGAGGAGGCAUCCGUUUAUUGAAACGACGCGCAAAUUGUGUUUUUCUCUUUUUGUGACGCGAGGACCUGUGGAGGAGCUGAAAGGAGACGAAAGGUGGAAAAAAAAUAGAUUAAGGGAUGGCAGUGACAACAUGAGAAAGAAAAAGUGUGGUGGUCUUGUUUUUCUACCAGCCACUGACUGAACGCACCUAACCUGGGGGGCAAGGAUCGUGGGAGAAGAGGUCGGAGACAGGUGCGUGUCCACAGCCUUUCUGACUAUGGAGCCUCCCCCUUCCCUGAGCUUGGCUCUGCUAGGGGGGAGUGAGGAUGAGGACCAGCGCUUCCUCCUUCCCCUAGGCAGCAUAUCCCAUCCCUCCACGGCUGGCAACAUGCCAGGCUCAAACCACUCCAACCACACAGGAGCUUCAAGUAUCGAUCGUCUGAAUGGCAGCACCCCAUCGCCAUCCUCUACCACACCCAACUUGCCUCCGGCAUCCCUCCCCAAGUUGCCGCUGUCCUCCCCUGGAGCUCAACCUCUUCCCCCGCCCAUCCCUAAUGCUCUGCACCCCACCAGUACUCCCCUUUCAUCCUGUUUGGGUUCCCAGCACAGCCUAAGUGGAGACAACUCCCCUGUCUACAAUGCCUUCUUUUACUCCUCCCACUCCCCCUCCAUGGAGCGAGAGAGGGACAGAGACCGUGACAGGGAGAGAGACAGGGGCAGCAAACACAGACAGGCCAGUCCUCUUGUCCACCGCAGGGACAGCAACCCCUUCACGGAGAUUGCCAUGAGUUCUUGUAAGUACACAGGCGGGGUCAUGAAGCCCCUAAGUCGGCUGAGCGCCUCCAGGAGAAACCUCAUUGAAUCAGACAGCAGCAGCGAAACCAAAGAGGGUGGCGUUUCGGUUGUUGCAGGGGCAUCGGCUGCUGCCGGACAUGACAGACAGCGAGAAGCCCCUCCGACCUACUCAGAGACCCAGUCAUCAACUCAUCCACCCCCCAUCCAGAGCCCCCCAGAGAUUGUGAUCUCUUCUAAAGAAGACUCCCCGUACCCCAGAAGAGGUUAUGACAACACUGACUCCAUGUCCAACCAAAUGUCCAUCUACCACCAGAACCAUGCGCUGGUGGAGAGCAGGCGGGGACAGUCUGAGCGGGGCAGCAGGCAGGUAGGGGUCACUGCAGCGGGCUCCGGGGCCAGAGGCAGCACCUCCAAGGCCCCUAAGAGAAAGAACCAAAACAUUGGCUAUAAGCUGGGUCAUCGCAGGGCACUGUUCGAGAAGAGGAAGAGGCUGAGCGACUACGCCCUCAUCUUCGGGAUGUUUGGCAUCGUGGUCAUGGUGAUUGAGACUGAGCUUUCGUGGGGGGUGUACAACAAGAGCUCCAUGUAUUCUCUGGCCCUGAAGUGUCUGAUCAGCCUGUCCACAGUCAUCCUGCUGGGCCUCAUCAUAGCCUACCAUGCACGUGAGGUUCAGCUAUUCGUCAUAGACAACGGAGCAGACGACUGGCGCAUUGCCAUGACCAUGGAGAGGGUUCUGCUGAUUGCCCUGGAGCUGCUGGUGUCUGCAGUGCACCCUGUGCCAGGGGACUUUAAGUUCCACUGGCGGGCACGGCUGGCCUUCUCAUAUUCACCUUCACAUGCCGAGGCUGACCUGGACAUGGUGCUGAGCGUGCCCAUGUUCCUGCGCCUCUACCUCAUCGCCAGAGUCAUGCUUCUGCACAGCAAACUCUUCACUGAUGCCUCCUCUAGGAGUAUAGGUGCCCUAAAUAAGGUCCAUUUUAACACAAGGUUUGUAAUGAAAACCCUCAUGACCAUCUGCCCCGGGACGGUGCUGCUGGUCUUCAGCAUUUCCCUUUGGAUCAUCGCUGCCUGGACUGUACGAGUGUGUGAGAGGUACCAUGAUGCCCAGGAUGUGACCAGUAACUUCUUGGGAGCAAUGUGGCUCAUCUCUAUCACUUUUCUUUCCAUCGGCUAUGGAGACAUGGUCCCUCACACCUACUGUGGCAAAGGAGUCUGUCUGCUCACAGGCAUCAUGGGUGCUGGAUGCACAGCUCUGGUGGUUGCUGUGGUAGCCAGGAAGUUGGAGCUGACCAAGGCUGAGAAACAUGUGCACAACUUCAUGAUGGACACGCAGCUCACCAAGAGGGUGUGUAAUCACUUUCUUUGUACUGUUGAAGAGCACACAUACAAAAUCUAUACACCUUGUAACUUUUUU